AUGUUACCAGGAAAUGUUCGCAAAGAUUUAAUAACAUUAGUACCGCAAUCUAUUAUAAAUGAUAUAUCAUGCUUUGUAUUUUAUGAUCAUCAUCCAAGAAGUAAUAAAACCAUCGAUAUCUUGGUUUGUACACAACGCCGAGAAGUUAUAGAAUUUUACAAACGUGAACAAAUUUCCGCUAUAACAUUAAAUUCGUCUAAAACCUUAUGUGAAGUAAGAAGCUUUAGAAACACAAAUUGUGAUCUUUUUUAUUUAGUUGCAACUGAAGAUGAACUUUACAUUUUGUCUAGCAAACAAAAUCUUAAGGUUGAACAUAAAGUAACUGAUGUUGAAAACUAUGAAAUUUAUGACUCUGAAUGUAGUGGUAAAGCUUCACUAAAAUUAAUUCGCAAGGAUGAUGCCGUGCCUUUAUUUUUCGAUAAUAAUUUUGAAAAUUUAAGUGAACGAAACAUCAACUUUAUGAAAAUACAAGAAAAUGACUUAACCCCUAUUCUGAUACAAUUAAUGCGGAAAUUAACAGAAGCAAAGUACAGUGUCCAGUGUAAUGAAAACAAGUACAAUGAAUUUGUAAAUCUCCGUAGAUUAGCAACUUUUUAUUUAUAUCAGAAAUUCUGUUCAAAUUUAGAUGAUUCUGUUUUCAAAAUUGAUAUUAAGGAAAUACCUACAUUAAUGCUUUUAAAGACAUGGACUCCAUGGGUCAAAGUCUGCAAUAAAAAGAUUGUAAUAACAUUUUAUUUGUUAAACAAGGAUAUUAUACCAUUGGAAGAUGUAUUUGUUUUACUACACAGCUCAGUCAAAGGUUCAAUUAUCUAUGUAACUAAGUUGUUUGUACAAGUUAACACCAAUUGGAUAGAAAAGGAUAAACAAUAUAUUGAACCCAAAACUGAGGUAGCGGUUGUGACAAGUGUUGAUUUAAAAGAACUUCAAAACAAUGUAACAAGCAGAAUAGAGUUUGAUAUGGUUUUAGUAUUUAAAAAAUCUGGAAAAGACUACGUUGUGCCAUUUGAUACAGUUGUUAUAUCUGCCACUGAUAUCAUGGGAGAAAAUUUCGACAUACUCUCUAGCUCUAAUAUAGACGAGCAACAUACAGUUUUGGCUGUUCUUGCAACAAGCAUAAAGACAGAGCUUUGUCUUAGACAUAUUAGAAGUGAAGAUGAUUCGAGUAUUACAGAAGUUGAUAUAUUUUGCAAGCAUCUAAAAAUGGACGAAUUUUUAAACGUAAAGAAUGUCGUCAUUCACAAAACAUCACCAUACCAUAUUCUAUAUGGCGUAAUGGUGAUAUUCAAAAAGGAUGAAUCAGAAACAGAUGAUAAAUUUACAGUUGAAGUACAUUCAAGAUGUCCGUCGCAAGUGCUGGCCUUGGUUCACUACAUCAAUGAUGCCGUGCCAUUCAAAAUUAUAGUAACUACACCAAAUUACAAAAUAACUGCCAAUACAGACCAGUUAGCUCGUUAUAAUGAGGAAAUAUCGCCUAUGAAUAAUAAUGGCGUGAGCUAUUUGGAAUAUGCGUCAUCUGUUUUGAAUCAGACUUCUAUGUUACUGGAGUAUCUCGAUAAUUGUAUGAUAAUAAUGAACGACAGUAAAGAUCAAGUGGUGCGAAGUAAGGUCGGGAGUGAAAUAGAUGUCUUUGCUUGUGGUUUAGAGAAAUUUCUUGAGUUUAGGGAUAAACUCUUGAAUGAAGUGUCUUCUGGCAUACAAAAUUGCUUACGUGUCAAAAAUCACAUGGCGGUGAAGGAGGAAUUUGAUGAUAUGAUUGUAGAUGAAUAA